AUGGCUGCAUUCGUGAAGGCUGUCAAUGCUAAGAUCAGGGCGAACCCUGUCCUCAACUAUGUCUGCUCAACUCACUUCUGGGGCCCUGUAUCGAACUUCGGUAUUCCCCUAGCAGCCAUUAUGGACACACAAAAGAGUCCUGAGCUUAUCUCGGGCCAGAUGACUGCUGCUCUCUGCGUGUACUCCUGUACCUUCGCGCGGUAUGCUCUUGCCAUCACCCCCAAGAACUACCUUCUCUUCGCCUGCCACGUGGUCAACGGCGGCGCACAAUUCACACAAGGUUACCGAUACCUAAACUACAAUUAUUGGGGUGGCAAAGAGAAAUUGGCGGCGGCGAAGGCGGCACAGAAAGACACCGUAGCCCCUCCUAAACUGGAAGAGGUGAAGGCAUAG